AUGAGACUCCUCCACCGACAAGUACCACUCGUCCUUCUGAUUCUUCACUCCCUUGCUCUCGCUUCCUCGGCCCCGGACACGAAAUAUAGCAAAGACGUCCACGCGGACGAUUCCUCUGCUCAAUCCUCUCUCGACUCGGGCGUAGCGCCGCCCAAGACAGGGAAAUUCGAUGUUAUCGGCACUAAGAGUGCCCCUGUAGACGGCAAGGAUGGGAUGCCGCAUGAGGGUCCCUUCGUAGCCACCGAAAAGGGACGGAAGAAGGGCGAUUCCAACGAUCCUGUCGAAUCAAAACCCCUCCCGACGCUUAAGGAUAGACCGGUAGAUCCUACAGUCAUCGACGGCAAGAAGAUACCCGAGACCAACGAUGGUGUCAUGGACGAUCCCCACCGCGAGCCCCCCAAGCAAGGCACCACGGGCACCGAAGGCGGCGUGAGCCAAAAAGACAAAGCUAGGAAAGCAAAGGAGGGGGAAACAGGAGAGAAGGUCGAGAAUAUCCCCGAGACGCCAAAGGAGCAGCCGCCGCUGCCACACAGCGAGCAGGAGAAGAUAUCCAAUGAGAAGGCCAGCAAGAAGGAGAAAGGCAACAAGGCCGACCUGCACCAGACCCCGGAAGACGUCAUCGGGCUCGAGAAGCCGUCGAACCUGCCGGAUAAGCUACGAGACGACCCCAACCCGCUUCCCAAUUCUGCGAACAAAGCCCACCUCGACGUAUCCAAGCCCUCUAAGUCAGUCGGUUUUGGGGAGGGGACUGGGGGCGAGGGGAGAGAGGGGAGUGAUGGUAUCAUACAACCCUUCCACUCCUUCGUGCUCUCUGUCACCAUGAUCCUGUUCUCUGAGAUUGGUGACAAGACGUUCCUAGUAGCCGCUCUCAUGGCCAUGAAACACGACCGUAUGGUCGUUUUCUCUGCAGCUUUCGGCGCCCUAUUUGUCAUGACCAUACUGUCGGCUAUACUGGGCCACACGGUCCCGGCGCUCAUUCCUCAGAGAGUGACGGCGUUUCUAGCCGCCGGGCUAUUUUUUGUCUUCGGUGCCAAGAUGUUGCGCGAGGGGAUGGCCAUGGACCCGGGCGAAGGUGUCGCGGCAGAGAUGCAAGAGGUCGAGAUGGAGCUACAGGAGAAGGAGCACCAAGCGCUGAAGCAGGGCAGGCGGGGAUCCACCGUGUCUCCGUACGCCCUCGAGAUGGGCUUCAAUCGCAAGCGAAAGUCACGAUCUCAGUCUCGCUUCCCCACCCCGCCACGCAGCCCCUCGACCUCUCCGGACAGGAGUCCGUCUCCUCAACGCGGCUUGCUAGGUGGCUUCGGCAUCGGCCUAGCCAACCUCUUCUCGCUUCUGCUGAGCCCGGCGUGGGUGCAGACUUUUGUGAUGACCUUCCUCGGCGAGUGGGGAGAUCGUAGCCAGAUUGCGACGAUCGCCAUGGCUGCCGGCCAGGACUACUGGUGGGUGACACUGGGCGCGGUGAUCGGUCACGCAUGUUGCACCGGUGUGGCUGUCAUCGGCGGGAGAGCCAUCGCCGGUCGAGUCAGUCUCAAAGUUGUCACGGUAGGAGGCGCCGUAGCAUUUUUGGCUUUCGGCUUGAUCUACUUGGUAGAGGCGGUCUACUCGGUAGGCACGUAA